UUCACACAUUUAGGAGCGGAGGAUCAGGAAAACCUUAUUAGGAGACGGACGCUUGGCGGCCCGGAUGUUCUUCUUCUUGCACAUGUUGCUCUAGGGAUGAUCUUCACCUGAGCACCGAGAGGCUGCUGAUCAACCAGGUUGCCUCUCAUGGGAGCACAUGAGGAGGACAUUGUCCAGCUGCAGCGAUUGAUGAGGCCAUCAGUUCUUCACAAAGUCAGUACUCCAGUGGAUAUACUUGAUAUGUUUAUUCAGUGUUUUGUUACAUUCUGCCCUUCUGUUUGCCCUCUCCAACCUAAGGGAACAUGGAGAAAAUGUCACGGGUUACCACAGCUCUCGGCAGCAACAGCAUCACCGGCCGGACAAUGUUCUGCCACCUGGAUGCUCCGGCCAACGCCAUCAGCGUGUGUCGGGACGCCACGCAGGUGGUCGUUGCUGGACGCAACAUCUUCAAGAUAUACGCCGUCGAGGAGGAGCAGUUUGUGGAGAAGCUGAAUCUGCGCGUUGGCCGCAAACCAUCCCUAAACUUCAGCUGCGCCGAUGUCAUGUGGCACCAGAUGGAGGAGAACCUGCUGGCCACAGCCGCCACCAAUGGGGCCGUGGUCACCUGGAAUCUGGGCAAGCCUUCGCGCAACAAGCAGGACCAGCUGUUCACUGAGCACAAGCGCACCGUCAAUAAAGUGUGCUUCCACCCCACAGAGGUCUACAUGCUGCUGAGUGGAUCACAGGAUGGUUUCAUGAAGUGCUUUGAUCUGCGCAAAAAGGAGUCUGUUAAUACUUUCUCAGGUCAGUCAGAGAGCGUUCGGGACGUCCAGUUCAGCAUGAAGGAUUAUUUUACAUUUGCUGCUUCCUUUGAAAAUGGAAACGUCCAGCUGUGGGACAUCAGACGACCGGAUCGGUACGAGAGGAUGUUCACAGCUCAUACUGGUCCAGUGUUCUGCUGUGACUGGCACCCUGACGACAGGGGUUGGCUGGCCACAGGAGGUAGAGACAAGAUGGUGAAGGUGUGGGACAUGACCACAAACAGAGCCAAGGAGGUGUACUGCGUCCAGACCAUCGCAUCGGUGGCUCGCGUUAAAUGGCGCCCAGAGAGGAAGUUUCACCUGGCCACCUGCUCCAUGAUGGUGGACCACAACAUCUACGUGUGGGAUAUCCGCAGACCUUUCAUCCCCUUUGCCACCUUUGAGGAACACAAAGAUGUGACCACUGGGAUUGUGUGGCGCCACCAGCAUGACCCUCACUAUCUGCUCUCUGGCUCCAAAGACAGCACCCUCUACCAGCACAUGUUUAAAGACGCCACACGUCCCGUGGACAAGGCCAACCCAGAGGGUCUGUGCUUCGGACUGAUGGGCGACUUGGCCUUCGCGGUCAAUGAGAGUCUGAUCAGCAGCGACGCCAGCAGGAAGCCCUACCCUGGAGGGGACCGCCGCUACCCCUUCUUUUCCUUUAAGAAGCCCAACCCGACAGAGCAGUUUGCCCAUGUGUCCAGCGCUCUGAGUGUCUUUGAGACGGACUUGGACAGUAAUCGCAUGGACUGGUUUGUAAAGACAGCACAACUCUACCUCCUCAGUGGAAAGCCGUUUACAGAGCUGUGUGAUCAUAAUGCCAAGGUGGCCCGGGAGCUCAAAAGACCCCAGGUUUCUACAACAUGGACCAUGCUGAGGAUCAUGUUUUCUGACCCAGCAACCGGUCCAAACCAUAACCUCAGUAAACUUGGCAGCUUGCCGCUAAUGAACAGUUUCAGCAUGAAAGAAAUGGGUCCAGAAGGCAGACUGGAGCGCUGCAAAGGCGAAAGCCGGCAAGAAAACAUCCACCUGGAGCCGGGGAAUUCACACAUCAGCAAUAAUAACGAAGAAAAUGAGGAGACGGAGGGCAGUGAUGGUGCCACGGAGUACAUGUUUGGUGAUGCUGAGUUGGAUGACGAUGACCUCUACACGAUGGAGCAUGACAACCAAACCGUUGCAGAGGAGCAGGUGUACACACUGCCCCCGGAGGCCUUCCAGCUGCGCCACGAGAUCAUAGACAACCCGUCUGCCCCGGAGCAUCUUCAGCAGGACAAGGCCGACUCUCCGCACGUCAGCGGCAACGAGGCGGAGGUCACCUGCUUGACGCCCAUCGAGUCGUUCUCGCUUAUCUCCAUCUCUCAGCCGCUGUACAGCCCACAUUUACACGGCAGCUUCUUCUGCCCCAUCGUGCGGGAGAUGCUGAACCACUACGCCGAGCAGGGGGAUGUGCAGAUGGCCGUGUCCGUGCUCAUCGUGUUGGGAGAGAGGAUUCGCAAGGAGAUCGACGACCUCAGUCAGGAGCACUGGUACAUGUCCUACAUAGACCUGCUGCAACGAUUCGAGCUGUGGAACGUGUCCAACGAGGUCAUCAAGCUGAGUACCUGCGCCGCCAUCACCUGCCUAAACCAGACCUCCACAACUCUGCACAUCAACUGCAGCAACUGCAAGCGGCCAAUGAGCAACAAGGGAUGGAUCUGUGACAGGUGUCGCCAGUGUGCCAGUGCUUGUGCAGUGUGCCACCAUGUGGUGAAGGGGCUCUUUGUGUGGUGUCAAGGCUGUAGCCAUGGUGGACACCUGGAGCACAUCAUGACCUGGCUUAAGAACAACUCUCACUGCCCUGCUGGAUGUGGUCACCUGUGCGAGUACACGUGAGCUGAGGUCAGAUCACGGAUCCAGUCCUCCACAGGAGGGGCAAAAUCCUGGUGCCUCAGAGCGCUCACAGACACUCAGGAUCUCCUCAACCUUCUGUGGCCUCAAACCCUGACGUCAAAUCAGACCAUGGUUCUACAGAGGUUUCUGUCCUGGACCAGCAUGUAGGACCAGGUUUAAAUCCCACAUGACUUUCGAUUUUCAAUGUGACUCUGGUGGUUUCAUAUAAGCAGAAUGUAAACCAGCCAUGGUUUUAAACCCUUCUAUAAAAGGUUUUAUCCUGAGUGAAUUACAAACAUUUUACGUAUUAACACUUCUGAUAGAUAAUGUAACGUUCAAUUAAAACGAGAAAUGUGGCUCUCCUCUCCGUUUGAGCAAUGCAUUAAAACACUUAAGUUGU